AUGUGGCGUGGGAAGCCUCUAAGUGUCGCCCGGUUUUGGGCGCCAAGGCUGUUUGCGAUGCGGGAGGAAGGCGGAGCACCCGGGAAAACCGCAGAGCUGUGAGAUAGCGUUAUACCAACCGCUAUGUCCACACAACUUCAACAGCACAGAAAAGCACAUGGUCACAGGAAGAAAAUACGCAAUCCACAGACAUCAGAGUCCGUCUCAUUGUAACCUUUCAUUUAGCAGAAGCCCGGCUUUUCACCGGAAUCUCUGUUCCCAGUGUAGGGGAAAUUGACCCAUUCAUGUAACUUAAAUCGUAGCUUGUCAGGUCGCGCCAAAGUGCCUUACAGCCAGCCUGUAAGCAAGAGCAGUUCCAGGUUCCAGCCAUUGACGUGAAAAAUGGUCACGGUGAAGCUGUUGACUCUUGUGAUGGUGGUAAAACAGCAGCAGGUCCUUCUAGGGAUGAAGAAGCGGGGAUUUGGGGCUGGACGAUGGAAUGGGUUUGGGGGAAAAGUGAUGCCUGGAGAAACCAUAGAGGAAGGAGCAAAGAGGGAAUUAUUUGAAGAGAGCAGUCUGACUGUACAAAGCUUGGAAAAGAUUGGGUAUAUCCGCUUUGAAUUUGUCGGUGAGGCUGAACUCCUGGAUGUUUACAUAUUCCGUACAGACAGUUACCAAGGGGAACCAGUUGAAUCAGAAGAGAUGCGACCACAGUGGUUUGACCUGGCCAAGCUCCCAUUCAGUGAGAUGUGGCCCGACGACAUCUACUGGUUCCCCCUGAUGCUGCAGAGAAAAAUGUUCAAAGGCUAUUUCAAAUUUGAAGGACAUAACACCAUUCUAGACUACACACUCAAAGAAGUGGAUGAUUUGUCAGAUAAGGGAUUCUGAUUCUUCCACUCAAAAAUAUACAAAUGGAGAUUGGAAUUAAUUUAUGGUGAAAACCUUAAAUUGAAUCCAAACAUAAAACUGUGUUUGUAAAUUUAAUCGAUGACAUUAUUUCUGAAUCUGUUUGGAGACCCGGAAGGUUUGUCCUCCCAACUUCAGACAUCACACUCCAAUCGUUUGUUCAUUCUUUCUGGGGCUAAUGGAGGAUCACAGUUAUUGGUUACUUUAAAAAAAAACUCCAGUUAAGCAGUUCCUUUUUCAACUCAAUAAUUUUCCAUCCUGGUUGUUUAGAGUUGUAAUAUCUAUACCUUGAACUAAGAUACAAGGUGUGAUUGAUAAAUUUGUGGCCUAAGGUAGGAGUCAAUUUUAGAAAACCUAGCACAUUUAUUUUUCAACAUAGUCCUCUCCU